AUGCUUUCCGUGUUGAAACUUAAAAAGAGGUUAAGUACCAAUAGUAUAAAUAGUGUCCAGUCAGAUUCAUCAAACACCACAAUUCGUGAAAGAUCUGACACUGAGAGUGGUACUGACUUGGGCACUCUAGGAACUAAUAGUGUGUUUAGUAGUACAAAUACAAUUAUUCAAUGCACAAACAAUACACUUCUACUUCCUAAUAAUACUGAUGUUAGAAUUGGUAGUACUAAUAGUAGCAUUGGUAGUUCUAAUUUAAUCAAGACCUUAAAAGAUAUUUCACCAUUUCAAAGCUACAAUAGCAUCAAUACCAAAAAUAAUAAGAAUAAUGAUAAUAUAGCAUUGGUUAUUUCCAAACCUAGUGAUGAACCACUAGAAGUCAACAAACAUGAAAAGAAGAGACCACCAUUAAAAUCAGACAAUAGAUUUCCAAGAAAUAAUACAGAUACUACCACUAGUGAUGAUACUAUAAAAAACCAAAAUACUAAUACUUCUGUGGCUGGAAUACUCAAUCUUAAAAUAUAUUCGGGGAAUAAUAUCAAGUUGCCACAGGAAAUAAAGUAUGAUACAGAUACAAUAGCACAAUUUUUAUCAAUCAACAACCAGACUGAAUUACUAAAAAAGUUUAAACAAAAGCAUUUCUUGGAAACUAAUGAAAUUGAAACUGAAAACAUAAAUAUUACUGGCUCCAACUUAACUAAAUACUUACCGUGUGCCCUACUGAAUACAAAUUUGAUAUUUUUAACCAUUGAAUGUGACGGCACCAUUGCUACCAUUACUCCAGUCUCUGGAGUUUUGUAUAAGCCGUUAUUUAAUAAAUUAAGUUCAUUUGAUAUUAACAAACAGAUAGAUACAAUUAAAAUCGAUGUGUAUUGUAGAGAUUUAAUUUCAAGGGAAAAGAAUUAUAAUGGCAUAACACUUUUAGACUCUUUUGAAAUACCCCUGAACCUAAACUUUGAAUACGUAAAAAACACUGUUCGGUUGUAUAACCAUAAAUGGCUAAAAUUUCAAUACGGAAAGAUCAACAUUUCCAUGGAUUUUACCCCUCAAAAAACAGGAAGGCUGUGCAUCGACGAUUUUGACUUAUUAAAAGUCAUAGGCAAAGGUUCUUUUGGGAAAGUUAUGCAAGUUCGCAAAAAGGAUACUAACAAGAUAUAUGCGUUGAAGGCAAUUAGGAAAACUAAGUUUAUAAAUAAUAAAUCAGAAAUACAGCAUAUCCUAGCGGAGAGAACUAUAUUGGCUAUGAUAAACAAUCCAUUUAUUGUAUCAUUGAAAUUUUCAUUUCAAUCCAAAGACAAAUUGUAUUUGGUAUUGCCAUUUAUACCUGGUGGUGAAUUAUUUUACCAUUUGAGCAAGUGUGGUAGAUUCAGUACUGCUAGAUCGAGAUUCUAUAUUGCUGAAUUGUUGUGUGCCAUUGAAGGUUUGCAUAAGAUGGAUGUUAUCUAUAGAGAUUUAAAGCCAGAAAACGUGUUAUUGGAUCAUCAAGGUCACAUUGCACUAUGUGAUUUUGGUUUAUGUAAGCUAAAUAUGAAGGAUGAUUCAAAAACUAAUACUUUUUGUGGUACUAGCGAAUAUUUGGCACCUGAGUUGAUUUUAAGGGAAAGUUAUACCAAGAUAGUUGAUUGGUGGACCUUGGGUGUGGUUUUAUAUGAAAUGUUAAUUGGGCAAUCACCGUAUCACGAUGAAAACGUUUCUAUAAUGUAUAAAAGAAUAUUGAAUGAUCCGUUAAAAUUUGAAGAUCCAAUCAGUACACGCAAUAUAAAAAUUAAUGAAGAUGCUAAAGAUUUGAUCAUUAAAUUAUUGAAUAGAAACCCACUGGAGCGGUUAGGAUGCAAGAAUGGAGCACAAGAUAUUAAAUCACAUGCUUUUUUCAAGAAUAUAGAUUGGGACUUGUUAAUUAAACGAAAAUAUAUACCACCAUUUGUUCCAAACUGUGGCACUGAUGAUAAUAGUACGGGUCUGUUAAAUUUUGAUUCUGAAUUUACUAUGCAGAAGCCCGUUGAUAGUCUGGUUGAAAAUAGUAUAGAACUAACGCAGAGUAUACAAGAGGAAUUUGGUGGAUGGACCUAUGCAGGGAAAUGA